AUGGUGGAAAAAUGGGACACACAAGUUGGCGUUCCAUACAAGACUGUUCUCAAGCACAUUUGCGAGAACCUUUCUGGAUUGCAUGGCACCAUUCCAACACACAAAGCUCUAGGACCAGUUAAUUCCCUGCUUCACCGCAUCAUCACUCAUAUUCUGACUCCCCAAAGCGGCUCACACAACCGAGUAACAUUUUCUGACUGUCUCAUCUUAUUUGCUUUGGUUACCUCUACUCCUAUAUCCUUUGGUUAUAUUAUGAUUAGGCACAUGUGGGAUUCUGUUAGAAGCACCAGAAAGGCUAACCUGCCUUAUGGUAUGUUUUUAACUAGAAUAUUUGAGUACUUUAAAGUUGAUUUAUUAAAUGAGGCUGUAGAAAACAAGGUGUCUUCAAUCAGAGGAGGAGGAGCAACUAAGGAAACCAAAGGGCGAAAAUCUGCUGCAUCGGAUAAUGACUAUGAAGGCAGACCAGAAUCUUCCAAAACAAUCAAGUCCAUCAAACAGAUUUUGGGAGAAUUUUUGAACAUGCCAAAAAUAAGUUUGGAGGCAUUUAAUUUGUUUCUAAUAAAAAUACCCUUCCCCUCAAAAGAAACAGAGCCCAACCACUGCCACACCCAGCCCUUCCCCUCCUACCUGGACUCCCCCUCCUCCCUCUCCCCCACCGUCAAAACCCUCUGCCACAUCAUCGCCACCACUCCCUCUCACUCCAUCGAGCAAUCUCUACACGACUCCUCCCUCUCCGUCACUUCCUCCGACGUCGAGCAAGUCCUCAAGCUCUCCUACGCCUUCCCCUCCCAGGCCGUCAAGUUCUUCCGCUGGUCCGGCCGCCACCACCUCUCCGACUGCCACUCCCCUUACUCAUGGAACCUCGUAGUCGACCUCCUCGGCAAGAAUCGCUUCUUCGAUGCCAUGUGGGACGCUAUCAAGUCCAUGAAGAAGGAGCGACUCCUCUCUCUCGCUACCUUCGCUUCUGUCUUCAGCAGCUACGUCGCUGCCGGCAGAGUCCACGACGCCGUCAUGACCUUUGAGGUCAUGGGAAACUACGGCUGCGUCAACGACGUCGUUGCACUCAACUCCCUUCUCAGUGCCGUCUGCAGGGACGCGAGAACCCGCGACGCCAACGAGUUCUUCCAGAUGGCGAAGAAGUUGGUUCGCCCCGACGCUGAUUCCUACGCGAUCUUGAUGGAAGGUUGGGAGAGAGAAGGGAAUGUCAGUUGCGCUAAAGAGACUUUCGCUGAGAUGGUGAUUGAGGUUGGUUGGGACCCUGCUAAUGUUCCUGCUCAUGAUUCUUUUCUGUGUACUUUGAUUAGAAGCGAAAAUGGGGUUAGAGAGGCCGUUAAGUUCUUCGAUUCCAUGAGGGAUAGGAAGUGUUAUCCUGGAAUUAGGUUUUUCAAGGUUGCUUUGGAUGAGUGUGUGAAGGAUCAUGAUCUUAGGAAUGCUGAGUUUCUCUGGGAGGUUCUAGUGGGGAACGCGGGGUUAAAGGCGAAUACUCAGCUGUAUAAUUCCAUGAUUGCUUUGUAUUGUUAUCACACUGAUAUGGAUUCGGCAAGGAGGUUGUUUGAUGACAUGAUUUUCAACGGGGCUUUCCCGGACGCCUUUACUUAUAACUUGUUGUUUAGGUUCUUGAUCAAGGCCAGGAAAUUGAGGGAGGCUGCUGUGGUUUUUGCGGAGAUGGUAAAGAACGAGUUUGUGCCAGACCGGCCUAAUUGCGAUGCAGCUGUUAGGGCUUACAUUAACGAUGAGGAUGCUUUUAUGGCCAUGAAAGUUUGGAAGUGUAUGGGGGAGAAUUACCAGGAGGAUUUGAAGGAUACCGCUAAUCUUCUGAUUCAGGGGCUUCGCGAUUUGAGUAGGGUCCCCGAAGCUGUUAAGUAUGCUGAGGACAUGAUUGAAAGGGGAAUCAAGGUAACCUCUUCCACAUUGUCUAAGUUGAAACAGAGCCUUGUCAAAGAGAGGAAAGAAUUUGUGUAUGAAGAACUUUUGAGAAAGUGGAAAAGAUCUCAUUAGGUAGCUUGGAGUUUGCUGAACUUGCAUAUCUUUAUUUCAAUCCUCAUCUUUUAUGUAUAUAGACCUGCAGAUUUGCAACAGAAACGAAAUUUCAGUAAUUUUAUACUUCGAUUAUUCCUAAACUGCAUAUCUUAAUGCACCAUAGUUAUUUCUGAUCCCCAUAUUCAUAAUGCACCAUAUAUGCAUAGUGCACAGAGUCAAUUGAAACAAGGAUAUUGUGUUAGACGGUAAAAAGAUAAAUGAAGUUCAAUAUCAAGCUCGCUGAGAAGUGUUGAGCGAAUGUUAUAUAGACCAAGUUGAAAAGGAAUUUAUACAUGAAUUUGGCUUUGGUGAGACACUGCAAUGAGAUUUAUCAGCAAUUUCCUGGGAAACCCUGCUUGAAAACUUAAUUUACAGAUUGAUUUGUCUUUCUAUUUCUUUGGUUGUAACCAUAUUUAUUUUGAUUGGCGCCAUGAUAAUCUUUUGGUUUCUACUUUUAGUGGUGAGUAUACAUGCCAUUACUAGUUGAUAAGAAUGUGUUCUAAGAGCAUAGCAUUGAAUUGAAACAUUGAAGUUUUGUUGUGUGCGGUCUUCAAAUCGUCUUUAGCUGUCACGACUAGACAAUGUAGUUCAGUUAUUCAUCUGAUAUUAUGCCAAGUACAGAUUAGCCAGUAUCCCACUAGCCACCUUAUGAAGUGUUUGGUAUAACUGGAUUUUGUGCUUUCAUCCUAAUGUUUGUGAUUGAAUUUAUUCAACUUGAAUACAGGGUGGCAUGCUUCUAGACUA